AUUUCCUCGAAUAUGGAAGAAUUAUUGUAACUUGAUAACAAAGGCAGCCAUAGCUAUUACCCAAUAUAACAAACCAAACUACAACAGGUUUUCUGGGUUUUCCCAUUGUUCAGAUUCAUGGAAAGAUUUGUUAUGCUGCCCUUUGGAUGUGUCUCUGAAUCAAGUGUGGCGGUAGCUGUUCAGCAGCAGCAGCCUAGAAGAUCAAAUUCAAAGCCUGCCAAUGCCAGUUCAUCUUCUGCAACAAGAACACGACAUGAAGAAGAAGAAGAUGAUGAAAGUUUAUCCGUGAAUCCUGGGUUUCAUAAACUGUUCAAGGGUUUCAAGACCUUCUCACAAUUAUUCGUGCACAAAGAAGAGAUGGAAGAGGAGGAAGAUAUGGAAAUAGGGUUGCCAACAGAUGUAAAGCACGUGGCGCACGUAGGGUUGGAUAAAUCCGAAUCAAGCAACUCCAGCAGGGGAAGCUGGGACAAUCUUUUCUCGCCUAAUCAUUCUCUUCACUUUCCCUUCACCACAAUGUGAACCCAACAAAACACAUGCAGCUGUUCAAGCUUCUUGAAAAGUGAAAGUCGUCAUUUGAGAAACCAUUGUUGUUGUGCUGGUCAAACACUUUUGUGCUUUAACGUGGGAUGUGAUUAUCAUAUUUAAGUGUCCAUGAAAUGGUUACAUUUG